CUAUGAUGUUUUCAGCAGAGUACAUGAUGGCAGCUGCAGGAGCUGUCACAGAUUUCACAAAUGAGAAACCACUGACACGCAGUUCCAGCUAUGAAUAUCUGCCACCAUACAUGUCUGAGCUCAGGGUGGUUCUCCUGGGGAACAGCUGGGCAGUGAGGGGAGCAGUGGGGAACAUGAUACUAAAAAAGGACAAGUUCAAUACUGAAAAAGUACCAGACUGGUGUUUCAAAGUCAGUACACCCUUUAAGGAAAAACAAAUAACGGUCAUUAAUACUCCAGACCUGUUGCUGCCCAACACCUCUGAAGACAAACUGAGAGAAGAUGUAAAACGAUGUGUGAAACUCUCUGCUCCUGGUCCUCAUGUGUUCCUGCUGGUUCUACAGCCUGAUGAUUUCACAGAGGAACAAAAACAGAAGCUCUGCAGAGUCCUUGAAGAAUUCAGUGAUUACUCAUUUGAUCAUUCAUUGGUUCUGAAAUCAGCUCCCAGAGAAAAGUGCAUGAAAGAAGAUGUAUUAAAUCAAGCCUUAAACAACAUCAUCAAAAAAAGUAAAUACAGACAUUUGAAUUUGAAGAACCUUGACUAUUCAGAGCUGUUAACACGGAUGGGUCAGAUUGCAAAAGAGAACAAUGGACACUUGAGCUGUGAUGUAUUUCAGGAUCCAAUGCCAGAUCUGACUCCUUAUCAGGAAAGCCACAACCAAAAGCUUGCUAGUGUUAAAUUUGAACCUACAAAAGGUAAUGUAUGUCGACUGAGGAUUCUAAUGUUUGGAAAAAGCGAGGACAAAAAGACAACAUUAGGUAACUUCAUCAUUGGCAGUGAGCAGUUUCAGUGUGGUACAAGAAAAAACAAACCUUGUGAAGUUGCCAGAGGAGACUGGAGAGGAAAUUCUCUGACUGUUGUGAAAACUGCAGAUGUCUUUAGUCUGUCUGUAGAAACAGUGAGACAUGAGCUGAAGGACUGUGUGAGUCUCUGUCCUCCUGGACCAAAUGUUCUGCUGCUGUUAGUGAAACCUUCAAUGUUUACUGAGAAGAACAGAAAGACACUUAUGUUCAUUCUGAGCUUGUUAGGCAACAAUGCUUUUAACCACUCAGUUAUCAUCAGCACACAUAAAGGAAAACCAACUGACUCUUUUACUGAGCUCCUUAAAGACUGUAGAGAAAGAUGUUACUGCAUGACUGCAAAGAACCACGAAUCAUUGAUGGAAAUCAUCGAGAAUGUUGUACAAGAAAAUUAUGAUGCUUUCCUCAGCUUCACUGAAGUUGCCAUAAGACACGCUGCUCUGAACCUGGUUCUGUGUGGGAGGAGAGGAGCAGGGAAGACGUCAGCAGCCAAGGCCAUUUUAGGUCAGACUGAGCUUCAUUCAGCCUCCAACUCAUCAGAGUGUGUUAAACAUCAGGGAGAGGUGUGUGGACGUUGGGUUUCCCUGGUGGAGCUGCCUGCCUUGUAUGGAAAACCUCAGGAGGCAGUGAUGGAGGAAUCACUCAGGUGUAUCUCCCUCUGUGAUCCUGAGGGUGUCCAUGCCUUCAUCCUGGUCCUACCUGUGGAUUGUUUGAGAGACGAAGACAAGGGAGAGUUGAAGACCAUCCAGAAAACGUUCAGCUCUCUAAUCGAUGACUUCACCAUGAUUCUGUUCACUGUGGAGUCGGAUCCAACAGCUCCAGCUGUUGAUAAUUUUUUGAAGAGAAGCAAGGACAUCCAGGAGCUCUGUCAGGGCUGUGGAGGAAGAUCUGUUGUUCUUAACAUUGAAGACAAACAGCAGAUCCUAAAACUGUUGGAGACUGUGGAAAAGAUGAGGCCCUUUAAAAAGAAGUCACAUUGUUAUACAACACGAACAUUUGCACAGGCCCAAAUAAAUACAUUAUCUCAACAAAUCAUAAAAUGUAAAAUCCUACAGGGUGAAGUCCAGGAAUUGAAAAAUAAAAGCAUGAUCACUGAGCAGCAGAGCCCAGAGCCUCUCAGGAUUGUGCUGAUUGGGAAGACUGGCAAUGGUAAGAGCACUUCAGGAAACACCAUCCUUGGAAGAAAAGUGUUUAAAGCCAAGUCGAGUCAAGAAUCAGUCACCAAGUGUUGUCAGAAAGAACAGGGUGAAGUGGACGGUCGUCCUGUUGUUGUGGUCGACACUCCUGGACUGUUUGACUCGACUUUGUCACGUGAAGAAGUUCAUGAGGAGACGGUGAAAUUUAUGACCUGCCUGGCUCCAGGACCACAUGUCUUCCUGUUGGUGUUACAGGUUGGUCGACUUACACCAGAGGAGAAGGAGACUCUGAAACUCAUCCAGGAAGGAUUUGGGAAGAAUUCAGAAAAGUUCACCAUCAUUCUUUUUACAAGAGGAGAUUCAUUAAAAAAAGACAACCUGUCCAUUGAAGAAUACAUUAGAGAUGAAUGUAAUGACUCCUUUAAGAAGCUGAUCUCUGAGUGCGGAGAAAGAUACCAUGUGUUCAAUAACUAUGAUGAACAAAAUCGGACACAAGUCAGUGAGCUGAUAACAAAGAUUGACACCAUGGUGAAGAACAAUGGAGGAUCUUUUUAUACCAAUGAGAUGCUGCAAGAGGCUGAAGCAGCGAUUAAAAAAGAAGUGCAGAGGAUCUUAAAAGAGAAGGAAGAAGAGAUGAAGAGACAGAUUGAGGACCUGGAAAGAAAACAUGAGGAAGAAAAACAAGCCAUGAAAUUAAAAAUGAAAGAACAGAGUGCUAAAAUAAACCUGGAGAUUCAACAGAAAAACAAAAAACUCGAGGAAAUGGAGGAAAAACUGAAGAAUGAGCAAAGCGAGAAGAAGAAAGCACAAGAAAAAAGAGAAAAAGAAGAAACCAAAUGGAAACUGGAGAAAAGUGAAUGGGAGGAAAAACUUGCUGCAUUAGAGAAAUCAAAGUCUGAAUCAGAACAGGAGCUACAGCAGCGUAGAGAGGCGAUGAUAAUGGAACAUACGGUCCGGGAGAAGGAUCGGGUAGACUGGUUGGAAAAACUAAUACAGGAAGAACAAAAGAGAAAACAAAAUGAGCAAAGACUUAGAGAUGAAUAUGAGAAUGUAAAAAAAGAAUGUGAAAUGAAAAGAAAAGAGGAUGAAACUAGAAAAGAAAAUGAGGCAAAAGAACGUAAGGAAUUAAAAGACAGCUACAAGAAAAAGCUGGACAAUCUGAAGAUGAAGUAUGAGGAAGAAGCCAGAAAGCAAGCAGAGGAGUUCAAUGAAUUCAAAGAGAAAUACACCAAAGACUUUGCAGCUCAGAAGGAAGAGCAUGAGAAACAAAUGAAAGACAAAGAUGAGAAGUAUGACCUGUUAAAGGCCCUAAAAGCCCACUAUGAAAAAGAAAGCAGAGAAAAACAUCGUGUGCAAAUCAACGACUUUGUUAAAUGUGUGACCAAAAACAGGGAAAAUGUCACAAAAAUAAACGACUUGCUGACAAGACAACAGAACCAAAUAAAACUUGCAAACAAUCAGGAAGAAAAAGAAAACCUGCAGAAAAUUCAUGACACAGAAAUAAGUAACAUGAUAGAGAAACUUCUGAAUGAAGUUCAGACAAAAUCUUCCUGCAGCAUAUUAGCUUUGCAUCAUUUCCCGAAGCCCAGCAACUGGUCAACAACUGGCUUCGAAUUACGACAGUGGGCUUCCAACUACCCAGAACUCAUCAAUCAUAUGCCACCUGGAUCGGUCUCACAGAGCAGUGAACUGUGGUUUUCCCCUGAUGGGACUGAUGUACCAGAGCGGACUCUGGGCCUGCAAUGGCACUGUCAGACUGAUGAGCUCAGAUAUCAGAUUCGGCACACCGAGCAGUUGGUGGAGCCCACAAUGCGCAACAUCUAUCGGGUUCUGGCCAAGCAGAAUGAUCCGCUUGGCCUCCUCAUUCCUUACACCACUUGGGCCAAAAUCCUGGUGCAGCAUCUCUGGAGGAAAAGGAGGGACUGGGAUUAUCCGAAUCUGCCAAUCGACCUGCUGCAGCUGUGGCCUGCAUGGGAAAGUGAAUUGAUUCAGCUCCCUGAUGUCUCCCUGCCACGUUGUUACGUGCAGCCAGAGACAGACCUAUCCCUUUGCAAGCAGAGCAUCCACAUCUUCUCCGAUGCAUCUGAGAAGGCAUAUGGAGCUGUAGACUACCUUCGGACAGAAGAUCAUAUAGGGGGGGGUUUCCAGGUAGCCUUCCUAGCCGCCCGAUCUCGAGUUGCUCCCGUCCGUCAACAGUCCAUUCCGAGGUUGGAGCUCUGUGCUGCUCAUGUGGGAGCCCAGCUUGCUGCCGUUCUCAAGAGGGAACUCACCCUUCGUAUCUCAAGCAUUGUCUAUUGGACCGACUCCACUACAGUCCUGAACUGGCUCCAUGUUGGGUAA